UUCCAUUUGUCUUCCCUUUGAUCUCUCUCUCUCUCUCUCUCUCUCUCUCUCUCUCUCUCUCCCUAGUUUACAUUCACAUACAUAUAUAUAUAUAUAAUUACAUUACACAAAAUAUAUAUACAUAUAUAAUGGAUAACACUAAUCAACAACGACGCCGUCGUCUCAAGCAGCCCAAAUCCACCUUCCACGAAUCCGAAGAAGUGAGUAGCCGUGAAUGGGAGUUUAUCAGUAUGUCCGAGCAAGAGGAAGAUCUCAUCUACCGAAUGUACAGACUCGUCGGCGACAGGUGGGAUUUGAUAGCGGGGAGGAUCCCAGGAAGGCAGGCAGAGGAGAUAGAGAGGUAUUGGAUCAUGAGAAACAGCGAAGGCUUUGCCGAGAGACGAAGGCAACAACGCUUGAAGAAGAAAUCCUCCCGAGGCCAUGCCUCUUCUUCUCGUCCUUGACAUUUAUUUAAUUAUUAUUCAUAAAAAUGAGUUAUAGUUCUAUCUUCAUGAAGAUAGAACCGGUUCCCUUUUUUUUUUUUUUUGUAUUUAGAGGUGAAUUGAAUCGGUUAAUGAUUCGAAUUUUGUCCCUU